AUGUCGGAUUCUAGUGAACCUAAAACAUCUGAGCAAGAAGAAACUCAACCUACUGGGCAAGAAUCUCAGCCUCAACAAGUCUGCACUUUCUUCAAGAAGCCAACUAAAGCUAAAAACAUAAGGAAAAGAACGGCUGACGCGGAUGAAGAAGACGGAGAUUCGAAAAGCGAAAGCUCUAUAUUGAACAACCUAAAGAAAGUUGCUAAACCCGAUAGCAAGUUAUACUUUUCCUCUGGACCAUCUAAGAGCUCUACUACGACGAGUGAAGCUCCAGAGAAACCUGUCUUUCACUACGAUUCAUCCAAGGAAAUCCAGGUUCAGAACGACAGUAGAGCGACUGCUACGCUAGAAACCGAAACUGACUUCAAUCAAGAUGCACGAGCUAUCCGUGAAAGAGUCCUUAAAAAAGCAGACGAAGCGUUGAAAGGGGAUAAGAAAAAGGCUUCAGACGAGAAGCUGUACACCGGAAUUCAUGGAUACACAGAUCACAAAGCUGGGUUUAGAAGAGAACAGACAAUAUCGAGCGAAAAAGCUGGAGGCUCACAUGGGCCAUUAAGAGCGUCUGCUCAUAUCAGAGUAUCGGCUAGAUUCGAUUACCAGCCAGAUAUUUGCAAGGAUUACAAAGAAACCGGAUACUGUGGAUACGGAGAUUCAUGUAAGUUCUUGCACGACCGUGGAGAUUACAAACCGGGAUGGCAAAUAGAGAAAGAAUGGGAAGAAGCAGAGAAAGUCAGGAAGAGAAAUAAAGCUAUGGGAGUUAUAGAUGAAGAUGACGAUGAAGCUAACAACAGUAGCGACGAAGACGAAAAUGCGUUGCCUUUUGCUUGUUUCAUUUGCAGAGAGCCUUUCGUCGACCCAGUCGUCACCAAAUGCAAACAUUACUUCUGCGAGCAUUGUGCUUUAAAGCAUCACACGAAGAACAAGAAGUGCUUUGUGUGUAACCAACCAACUCUGGGGAUUUUCAAUGCAGCACAAGAGAUCAAGAAGAGAAUGGCUGAAGAACGUAAAAAAGCUGAGGGAUUGUGA